AUGGCUGACGAGAAUCAAAUAAUGGCUACCCAAAUUGCUGAACUAAAUCAUGCUCGGAUUGAGCACAACGAUGCUCAUCGCCAGCAGGCAGAAGACGAGGAGCAUCAGUCCCAACCCACCCAUGUUUCGGAGACCGCUCGAGGCGAAGAGCAGCAAUCCGAAGAUGAAAAAGAAGAGUCCGACGACCUUGUAGGUCCCUUCACAGAAGAAGUGAUGAACUUCGAACUGCCGAAGAGGUUCACUCUGCCGCUGACCCUCACCCCUUACGAUGGACUCGGAGACCCGAGGAAGUUUCUAAAGAAGUUCCGAUCAAUAAUGAUCGUCAAUGGUGCAUCAGAUACAGUUUUAUGUCAUUGUUUUCCGAAUUAUUUAGACGGCCCUGUACUUGAUUGGUUGUGUGCUUUGCCUGCAGGUUCCAUUUCACGGUUUCACCAGUUGGUGAAGUUAUUUGAAGAGCAUUUCGCCGGAUCCGCAAUAUACUUGCACGAUUCCGAUUACUUGAACACUAUCAAGCAAGGGCCAAAUGAAAGCUUAAAGGACUACAUGACCCGCUUUACCAAGGUCGCGAUCAGCAUACCAGACCUCCAUCCCGAGGUCCAUCUACACGCAAUUAAAAGCGGCCUCCGACCCGGAAAGUUCCAGGAGACAAUCGCAGUAGCCAAACCAAAGACUCUAGCAGAAUUUUGGGAGAAGGCAAAAGGACAAAUUGAUAUCGAGGAGCUCAGACAAGCUCGGAAGUCCGACAAGUCACACUUCCGCGAAGAAGAUAAGAGCUCCACCACUAAGAAAAGUUUUAAACUAACGCCUCGAUUUGAUUCUUACACGCAGUUUAACACUAAGAGAGAAGACAUAAUCAAAGAGAUCCUGAACUCCAAACUAAUCAAGCCACCGAGAAAGGCCGGUACAUACCAAGAUGCAAAGAACGUGGACAAAUCGAAGUACUGCGCUUUCCACCAGAAACACAGCCACAAUACUGAUGAUUGCGUGGUCGCCAAAGACCUUUUAGAACGACUAGCAAGACAAGGACACCUCGACAAAUACAUUGGUGGUCACAUCCAAAAGCGCGGCCCUAGUUCCACAACAAACGACCUCUCUGAACCAAACCGAGGAAAAGAGAAGGCAUCUUCAAGCCAAUAUGAAAGACCACGAGGUAUAAUCAAUUGUAUUUCAGGAGGAUACGCUGGUGGAGGAUACUCAAAUUCGGCAAGGAAAAGAUCGUUCAGAGCAAUAUGCUCGGUAAACGGACCACAGCAAGAUGUAGCAAUCACUAAUCCACAACCAGAAGUCACUUUCACACACGCCGACUUCAACUCCAAUAUACAAAAUUUGGACGACCUUGUGGUAGUCACCAUUCAGCUAGGGGAUCUGUUAGUGAAAAAAGUGCUCUUGGACCCCGGAAGCAGUGUCGAUGUUCUAUUUUACUCCACAUUUCAAAAGAUGAAGCUCAGCAACAACAUGCUACAGUCCACAGGAGGAGACUUGGUCGGCUUCUCAGGAGAACGAGUUCCAAUACUCGGAUCAGUGUGGUUACAAACCACACUGGGUGAGCAUCCUCUUUCAAAAACUAAUGAUAUUCAAUAUUUAGUAGUUGAUUGUUUCAGUCCAUAUAACCUUAUUCUUGGCCGAGCUUUUUUGAAUAAGUUCGGCGCCAUUGUCUCUACCGUUCAUCUCUGUGUAAAGUUUUCACUGCAGGACGAUCAGGUUGUAACAGUCCAUGGAGACCAUAAAGAGGCACGACAAUGUUACAACAUCAGCAUGAAAUUCUAA